GCUCUCUUCCAAAUGAAUCCCUCAAAGGCCCUUGGGCCGGAUGGUUUUUCAACAGGUUUUUUCCGAAGUUUUUGGGGAACUGUGAAAGAAGAUGUGGUGGCGCCAUGCUUGAGCUUCCUAAAUGGCAGAGGAGAAUUACCUGCUGGGUUAAACUUCACUCAUAUUGUGCUCAUCCCCAAAUGAGCCAACCCGAGAAGCAUGUCUGAUUUACGCCCUAUUAGCUUGUGUAAUGUCAUUUACCGUAUCUUAACAAAAGCCUUAGCAAAUUGGUUUACACAAGUGCUGCAACAUGUAAUUUCUUUGGAGCAGCGUGCUUUCCUUCCGAACAGACUGAUUACUGACAAUGCUAUGAUUGCCUUUGAGGUUCUACACUAUAUGCACAACAAGGGGCGUAGAAAAAGGGGUUGGCAAGCAGUGAAACUAGAUAUGAGUAAGGCUUUUGAUCGAGUGGAAUGGUCAUACCUUGUGCAAGUCAUGCGUGCCUUUGGUUUUGUAGAAGAUUGGAUUCGGUUAAUUAUGGCAUGUGUCACAUCCGUCCAAUAUGCUGUCCUUCUAAAUGCUAUGAUCCACGAAGCUGAACGGCAUAAGUUGCUUCAUGGGGUGAGGAAAUCCUCUAUCACCUUCAGCAGUAAUGUACAGCAGGCAACCAGAUCAAGAAUCCUUCAACUACUGGGGAUGACGGAAAUAGAACAAGCAGGACAGUACUUGGGUUUCCUAGCACAUGUAGGACAAUCUCAAACAGUAGCUUUUUCAAGCCUGAAGUUAAAGUUUUGGACAAGGUUAAAUGAAUGGCGUGAGCAACCUUUGUCUAAAGCAGGAAGAGAGGUCUUGAUUAAAUCAGUAUUGCAAUCUCCUCCCAUUUACAUUAUGGGGCUUUUCUACUUACCCCUCACAUUGUGCUCAAAGCUAGAGAAAAUUAUGAAUAGAUAUUGGUGGGGAGGUGGAGAAGACACCCACAAAAUCCACUGGAUGGAGUGGAGGAAGUUAGCCUUACCAAAGAAGAGUGGUGGAUUGGGCUUUCGAGCCUUCCAUGAAUUCAACAUAGCAAUGUCUGAGCUAAAACCCACAUUAAGUCUCAUAUGGCGUAGUAUUUGGUGUUCAAAGGAACUGUUGAAAAGAGGCUGCAGACAUCUGAUUGGUGAUGGUCGAGGCACUCUUAUAUGGGGCGAUCCUUGGAUCCCAAACGAUUCCCAAUUUCUUGUCCAAUCUCCACAUCUUGAGAGGUGUGAGUUUCAAUAUAUGAGAAGGAGUGAUGGCUGGACAUGGGCUUUCACACGGAAUGGAAAUUAUACAGUCCGAUCAGGGUAUCACCAAGCAAUCCACAUGCAUAAUCACUCUGUUGAUCCAUCUAGCUUCACCACUAACUUUCGAGGGUGCCAUAUUUGGGUUCUAAAUAUACCAAAGAAGGUUCGCUUACUAGCUUGGAGUGCAUAUAGAGACAUUCUCCCCACUAUGAUAAACUUACAACGGAAAAGAGUAGUUGUGGAUCUUGAGUGCCCAAUGUGCCACAUGGAUAUUGAAACUGUGAACCACUGUUUUAUGGCUUGUCCUAUGGCUCGGGCAAUGUGGUUGGGCUCCUCUUUGAGCCUUAGAGUAUCAGAGCUUCAUGUUGAUAAUUUUGCUGGUUUUUUCGAGGCCAUGACAACUAUUCUAGGAUCGGAGCAACUGGAACUUUUUUGCAUCCUAUGUUGGAAAUUAUGGUGCUGCAGGAACGAAGCUCUGUGGGAAGGCAAGACCAUGGAACCUAAGCAGAUAAUAGAGAAAGCUUUACUUUUUCUGCAGGAAUACAAUGCUGCUCUAUUAUCACGAGGUAGAGGGGCAGCUAGUGUGCAGAGGAGAAGUGAGACGCGGUGGAGGCCACCUGAUGCUGGAUUUGUAAAGAUCAAUGUGGAUGGAGCAAUCUGUGCACAGCGAGAGCUUUAUGGAUUGGGAGCUGUGGCACGUGACUCAUCAGGGGAGGUGAUUGCUGCUAUGAUGUCUGAGGGAUAUGGGCAGAUCUCAGCUGAGGAAAGUGAAGCAUGCAGCCUGCGAAACGCUUUGAGAUGGGCGAGGGACCUUAUGAUCGACAAGUUGUUGUGGAGACCGAUUGUGCAAGCAUCGUCACAGCAAUCAACGAUGAUACUCUUUCCUUGAAUUCCAAUCUUGGAUAUAUCCUCCUAGACUGCAAGCAUCUCAUGGCAUCUUUCACUAUAUGUCGCCUGGAACAUGUUCGCCGUAGUGGAAACCCGUAGCUCACGAACUUGCAAGAAGAGCACUCCAAGCAGAGGAUGACUUCACCUGGCUAGAUAGAGCACCAGAGUUUAUAUCACACCUUGUAACAGGGGAUAGGGCGGUUGAUAAAUGAUGUACAAAUCCUGUUACUUUUCCUUAUGAAUAAAGUGUGCAUGCUUUA